CUCUCCUCCCCGGCCAGCCAGGAGCCACGUCACCGUCACCCAGCGCUGGCUUCGGGGCUGCUCAGCAGGCUCAGCCUGGGGCUCUCCGGGCGACAAACCCCAACUUUCAGCCUUGAGCAGGGAAAGGAAGGCCCUAGGGUGGAGAGGAGAGAGAGAAAAAUCCACCUUGGGGGAAAAGUAAGCAAGGGAGACAUCCAGCUUGAGAGCCUGGCAGGGGAAAGGUGCUCACAGCCAGGGGAGAGGGGAGCCUGAACUUUUCUCUGCCAGAAGAGAGGGCUCCGUUAAUUGGGGGAAAAGGAAAGUUGAGCUGGAGGAAAGCGUUUGCUCAAUCGAGGUUCAGGGAGGAAAACCUCCCUGUUCUCACUUUCCCUGCCCACAGAAAGCACCCCGCUCCCUUCACCCCAGACGAGCCCCCCCGGCACCAUGAACGUCUUCCGCAUCCUGGGGGACGUCUCCCACUUGCUGGCCAUCAUCAUCCUCCUGCUGAAGAUCCUGAAGUCCAAGUCCUGUGCCGGUAUCUCUGGGAAGAGUCAGAUUCUUUUCGCCCUCGUCUUCACAACCCGCUAUCUGGACCUGUUCACGACCUUCAUCUCCGUCUACAACACUGUGAUGAAGGUCAUUUUUUUGAUAUGUGCCUACAUCACUGUGUACAUGAUCUACGUGAAAUUCCGGAAAACGUUUGACAGCGAGAAUGACUCCUUUCGCCUUGAGUUCCUGCUGGUCCCUGUCACAGGCCUGUCGUUUCUGGAGAACCACAGCUUCACCCCCUUGGAGAUACUCUGGACCUUCUCCAUCUACCUGGAGUCCGUGGCUAUCCUUCCUCAGCUCUUCAUGAUCAGCAAGACGGGGGAAGCAGAGACCAUCACGACGCACUACCUUUUCUUCCUGGGCCUCUACCGCGCUCUCUACAUUGCCAACUGGGUCUGGCGUUACUACACGGAAAAUUUCUAUGACCAGAUCGCUGUAGUUUCCGGGGUGGUACAAACCAUCUUCUACUGUGACUUCUUCUAUCUCUACGUUACCAAAGUCCUAAAAGGAAAGAAGCUAAGUCUUCCCAUGCCCGUUUGAAGACGUUUCCACAGACAAUGCAAGAAAUUCCAAAGAUGAAGUUCUGAAGAUCACAGCUUUCCUUUCCUGGCCCUUUUUGACCAACGGAUGGGUCAGCCGAGUUUUACUCCAGUGCCAGGAAGACAACGAGGCCUGGAAAGCUGAUACGCUUUGCAUCCAUGAGACGUUCCCUCAAUUUUUUUUAUUUCUUCUUACUUGAAUUUGGUGCUAGUAAGUAGUGCUGGCCAAUACUGAAGUAGCGCAAAUUAUUCUCUCCUGGCUCUUCCCAGCAUCUACCUCCAAAACACGCCUCUACCUUGACCCUGAGGCAGCACAAGGAGCAUAAGGGAAAUUGUCACUACCUUUAGACCUUCAGCCCUUUAACGAGCGCCUAUGGGAAAGGGAACAUAGUACCAUUAAGUCUGGUAACAUAUGGGAAAGGGAACAUAGUACCAUUAAGUCUGAUAACAAAUACAAAGGCCACUGACCCAUUUCACACAUGGCCACAUCUGAAACAGCAGACACUACAAACUGUUGGCUCUGUGUGAACUAACGUCCUCCUGAAAGUUAACUCUGCCUGACCCUCAUUCUAUUCAGGUCCUCUAACAUUCUGGAAAAAUACAUUCCCUUCAAAUGACAGGAAUCUUCCGAUUCCACAAGUAUUCAAACAUCCUCCCCACUCACUCACUUUCAGUGACAGUUCCUCGUAUUCUACAAAUGGGGACUGUUUCAAUUAAAAUUCAGUGGGUUGCCAACAGGUGUUUCCAACUCCUUGAAUUUGACUUUUUUUAAGAACUGGGAAGAACGGGGGCAAAGACAGCUUUACACUCUAAAAAUAAAGACAAAGUUCACAAUUUAUUGACAA